CGUCUUCCUAACUGCACAUAUCAUCGCAUCGGGGGUGCGAGGAACGCAGGAUUUCCUGUGGUGUUGCUUAACUGGACACAUCCAACUUUUAGAUUAGAAGAAAUACCCUAGCCCAUUUUAACCUCCAUCGAUUUAAUGUCUUAAUCAAAACCUUAUCAUCUGUACGUGCCCUAGACUACACCUCGACGUAGUUAGUCUGAAAUAAGCCAUCAAAGAUGUCCGAAGCCACAGUGGCCGAUACUCGCCGGUUAAACUCUAAACCGCAGGACCUGACGGACGCCUACGGCCCUCCCAGCAACUUUCUGGAAAUCGACGUGUACGACCCGCAGACUAUAGGAGUCGGCCGCAAUCGCUUCACCACUUACGAAGUCCGGAUGAAGACAAACCUUCCCAUUUUUAAAAUAGAGUCGUGUGUUAGACGAAGAUACACCUACCACAAAAUACUUAAAAAUAACCUAGAAAAACAUACAAAAAUCGUUGUGCCUCCAUUGCCUGGAAAGGCAUUGAAGAGACAGCUUCCCUUCCGUGGAGAUGAGGGCAUUUUUGAGGAGUCCUUCAUUGAGGAGAGACGAGCUGGGCUUGAACAGUUCAUCAACAGAAUUGCAGGUCAUCCUUUGGCCCAGAACGAACGGUGUCUUCACAUGUUCCUGCAGGAUGAAAGUAUUGACCGGAACUACAUUCCCGGAAAAGUACGGCAGUAGGGCUUUCCAAACUGGGACAAGGUGUGAAUGAAGUUUUGGUAAACCCCCCUCCCUGUCCUGGACCCAACUGCUCUACCUGCUCUUUUCUGCACAUCAGUCAAAGCCUUUCACAGCUGCUGUCCAUGAUAUCCUGUAUAUAUUUCUAUUCUCGAAUAGAACUAGACUACCUAGACACCUAUUUCACCCUGAGGAUGAACUCAUCUUAAUGCUGUUUAUACCUCAUGCACUCUUUUUGUGGAAAGACACAUUCUUUUUUUGCUGAUCUUAAAGCAAAUAUUGCUUUCUUCAAAAAUAGUGCUUUCUGUGUUUAUUCUGGUUAAAACUCAUGGCUUAAACCUUUAAGGCAACCCACAGUGUUUUCUCCAAAAAUACACAUGUAUAUUAUAAGGAGAAUUUGAUCAGGCCACAUGACACUCCUUUGUGUAUUCUUGAUUUAAAGUUUAACACCUAAAUUAAUUAGAUUUAAAGCAAAAAGCUUCAGUUCUACAGAAAAUUAUAUCAUCUCAAGAAUUACUGAAGUCACAACACAAAACCAGAAAACAUUUUUUAUCACCAAAUGUAGCACUUCAGAAGCUAAAACUGGGAUGACCUCUCGACAACGUCUUCCUUUACAUUCCGUAUUUCAUUCGUAUCAUUUUGACUUUGACUAAAUAUGUUAAAACAAGGCUUUUGCAACCAUGUUUAAAUGUAUUUUCGUUUUUUUAGUGUCCGUGUAUAAGUAAAGCUUUGGGAAUGUACAUAUUAAAUCACUGUGAAAAACUGAAUUCCAUUAUGACAGAAUGUGUCACGUUUGCUGUUAUGUUUCUAUAUGCCAUCUCUUAGAACGAAUUAUGUUCUUUUCUGGCUCUUUCUAUUCUGGUUAUUUUCAGGACUAUGUGUAAAGAAAAGGGCACUAAUUGAUUUUUAAACAGCCAUCCUUUCUACCCAUGAAUAAACCCUUCUCUGUCUCCUCCAA